AUGUUCCUCUCUGGGUCUCCAGGUGCACGGCCAUCAAACUGCAACAUCAGCUCCCCGGCCCUCAAACUGCAACUGGAAUAUCAGCUCAACAUCAGCUCCUCUCCAGGUCUACGGCUGCAAGACCCUCAAACCGGAACAUCAGUUCCUCCCCAGGUCUGCCGCUGCAAGACCCUCAAAGAGGAAAAUCAGUUCCUCGCCUGGUCUGUGGCUGCAAGACCCUCAAACCAGAACAUCAGCUCCUCCCCAGGUCUGCGGCUGCAAGACCCCUAUAACCGGAACAGCUCAUCUCCUGCUCCUCCCGGGGUCCGCGGCUCCAAGACCCCAAACGAAUAUCAGCUGCUCCCCGGGUCCACGGCGGCAAGGUCCCCAAACUGGAACCUUAGCUCCUCCCUGAGUCCACGGCUGCAAGACCCCCAAAUCGGAACAUCACCUCCUCCCCGGGGGCGCGGCUGCAAGACCCUCAAACCGGAUAAUCAGCUCUUCCCCUGCUCCUCCCGGGGUCUGAGGCUGCAAGACCCUAUAACGGGAACAUCAGCUCCUCCCCGUGUCUGCGGCUCCAAGACCCUCAAACCGGAACAUCAGCUCCUCCUCGGGUCUGUAAGACCCUCAAACCCGAACAUCAGCUCCUCCCUGGUCUCGGGCUGCGAGACCCUCAAAGCGGAAGAUCAGCUCCUCACCGGGUCUGCGGCUGCAAGGCGCCCAAAGCGGAACAUCAGCUCCUCCCCGGGUCCGCGGCUGCAAGACCCCGAAACAGGAACAUCACCUCGUCCCCGGGUCCGCGGCUGCAAAACCCUCAAAUCGGAACACCAGCUCCUUCCUGAGUCGCGGCUGCAAGACCCUCAAAACGGAACAUCUGCUCCUCCACGGCUCCGCGGCUGCAAGACUCUCAAACCGGAACAUCAGCUCCUUUCCGGGUCUGCGGCUGCAAGACCCUCAAACCAGAACAUCAGCUCCUCCCCGGGUCUGCGGCUGCACGACCCUCAAAUUGGAACAUCAGCGCCUCCCCGAGUCUGCCGCUGCACGACCCUCAUACUGGAACAUCAGCUCCUCCCCUGGUCUGCGGCUGAACGACCCUGAAACUGGAACAUCAGCUCUUCCCCAGGUCUGCAGCUACACGACCCUGAAACUGGAACAUCAGCUCUUCCCCGGGUCUGCGGCUGCACGACCCUCAAAAUGGAACAUCGCUUCCAC